AUGUAUAGAAUCAUAGAUUUGUAUGAUGAAAUAGAGGGACCUGCCAUAUCAUUGGAAUUUUUCCCUCCAAAGACAGAACCAGGUAAGAACAACCUUCUAGCACGUAUGGCGCGGAUGAGUGCUAUGCAUCCAUUAUUCGUUACUGUGACAUGGGGAGCAGGAGGUACUACUUCUGAAAAGACGCUUGAACUAGCUGAAUUUGCGCAACGAGACAUGAAUCUUACAGUUUGUAUGCACCUUACCUGUACGAACAUGGAUAACAGUAUAUUGGAUGCUGCUUUAAGGAGAGCGAAAGAAGCAGGUAUUAAAAAUAUUCUUGCUUUGAGGGGUGAUGCUCCUGUUGAGGAGAACUUUGAUAGUACUGGUGCAGGUUUGGUGCAGUUUCGAUAUGCAGUUGAUUUGGUGCGAUACAUUAAGACUAAUCAUGGAAACGACUUUUGCGUAGGUGUUGCAGCAUACCCCGAAGGCCACUGCGAGGGUGAAGCGGAUGGCAGAGAACAGAGCCCUUUAAGAGAUUUGCCAUUCUUGAAGGAGAAAGUAGAAGCCGGUGCUGACUUUGUUAUAACUCAGUUAUUUUAUGAUGUUGAAAAGUUUCUAGCAUUUGAAGAAUUAUUCCGUAAGGAGGUUUCAGCAACUCUGCCAUUGUUCCCAGGUUUGAUGCCUGUAAAUUCUUUUUUAUUGUUCAAUAGGGCGGCAAAGCUGUCACAUGCUUCCAUUCCAGAUUCCGUUCUCGACAGAUUCCCUCACCAUGUUCGAGGUGAUGACAUGCAGGUAAAAGAAAUAGGUGUUCAGGUUAUGGUUGAUAUCGUUGAGCAAAUUUGGACGAGGACAAAUGGACGUGUUAAGUGUUUCCAUUUUUACACGCUGAACCUAGAGAAAUCAGUUGCAAAUAUAUUUGCAUCAUCCAAAAUAUUGUCUACAAUUGCUGAAGAUGAAUCGGCGUCCGAAAUUGAUGUUGAAGCUGAUGGUGAUCUUACCAUUGAGGAUGGUAAAACAGAAAGCAGCGAAAAUCUCAAGAAAAGGAGAAGACAAUCUAGCAUGAAUAGUGAACGGCCAUACAACCGUGUAAUUCUUACUGAAGGACAUAAUUUUGAUCUAAAAUGCAAUGGAGCGCCGCCACGGAAGGUUGUGCUAUCAAUAUCGCAAGGCUCUGGUUCGCUGGGCCGUGAUGCAACUUGGGAUGAAUUUACUAAUGGGAGAUUUGGUGACUCUAGAUCACCGGCAUAUGGUGAAAUUGAUGGGUAUGGGCCGUCUAUGAAAGUGAGCGUAAAAAGGGCCUAUAACCUCUGGGGGUCCCCCAAAUGCCUCCAAGAUAUAAUCACCAUAUUUACUAGAUAUCUUGAGAGUUCUAUCGACACAUUACCCUGGUGCGACUUAGGAUUAUCUCCUGAAACUGCUUUAAUACAGGAAGAACUCAUAGAACUAAACAACCGAGGGUAUCUAACGCUUUCUUCACAGCCCUCAACUAAUUCCAGCAGUAGCUCCGACAAAAUAUUCGGUUGGGGUCCCGCUGAUGGUGUGGUAUAUCAAAAAGCUUUUGUAGAGCUAUUUGUGCAAAAGCAUGCUUGGGAGAAUGAUUUGAAACCUCGCAUAGAAACAUCUUCCGGUAGCUUUAGCUAUUACUUAGGGGAUAGUUCAGGCCAUUUUGACUCAAACAUGGAACCUCAAAGCGCCAAUGUUGUAACAUGGGGGGUAUUUCCAAAUUCACAGAUUUUGCAAACAACAAUCAUCGAGGAGGAAUCCUUCAAAGCUUGGCGAGAUGAGGCGUUUAGCAUUUGGCUAAAAUGGAGUCAACUUUUCCCCAGAAAUACCCCAGAAAACACAUUCCUCAGGCAAAUGCACCAAGACUGCUACAUCAUUUCUAUAGUAUACCAUGACUUUACCGAUUUUGAUGGUCUAUGGAGCACACUAUUGGACUGA